AUGGCCGAGACGAGGAUCAAGCAAACGCUGUUGGCUAGAACCAGGGCUGAUGGCACCGUGCGGGCCCGCGCAUACCAUGGGUACUCGCGCAACGGUUGUGCACGGUGCAAGCAGCAGCGGGUUCGAUGUGAUGAGCGCCACCCAGAGUGUAACCGCUGCGUACGGGUGGGCACCAAAUGCCCCGGCUAUGAGCAGAAGCUGCGGUGGUCCGACAAGCACGAGGUGCUGCACAGCGUGGCCAAUCCAGCCGCCGUCACCAAGCCAGGCCCACCCCACGCUGCCAAGGUGACUGCUGCCGCGUUUAGGCCGUCGACCGAGCAGCUGCUGCAGAUUAUCCCGGUCACGCCGGGGCCUCAGCCAGUCGCAUCCCAAGUUCCAAUUUCAGUCCCAGUUCCCGCACCAUCUCCAUCCGCCCUCUCGGCACGUUCAGACCUCUCGGUACUAUCACAGCAGCGGCCACAGCAGCGGUCGCGGUCGUCGUCGCCGCCGAAUGACAUGCUAGAGACGUCGCCGGCCUCUCUGACGUCCUCGUCCGACACCAACGAGCUCCCAGCACUCGGUGGAGACGCUGUGACCGGCCAUAUCUCGCUGCCCAUUACAGCUCAACCGUCGGACAGCGCUGGGCAGAACGACGGCCACAGGUGGGACCCUGCCUAUCUCGACAUGUUUGACCAGAUGGACCCGGCCAUUGCGUCAGAUGUACCCGACUUCUACAUGGGACUGGACAGUGCCUUUUUAGCGGAGCGCAAGUCGCAGGGCACGGGCAUGUUUCUGGGCGGCAUGUUGUCUCUCGCCGACACGACAGCAGCAGCAGCAACGCCGGCCGCACCAGCAUCAUAUGCCGAGCCGCUGUCCACGGUGACCGGACUGUCCGGGCCGUCGAUCCAGCAUCAGCCGAUGGCCACGCUCUUCUCGUCGCUGAGCGAUGUCACCAUCGACGACUUGUGGCGCGGCUGGUCACCAAAAAUAGCGCCGCAAGUUGUCGAAUCGCCGGGCGUUGAUCUGCAACCAAGCGGGAUGGUGGCAGCCGCACAGCUGGACGACAGCGUACUGGUGGACGACGACGAUUCGGGCGCGGACUUUUCCAGGAGCAUUCCGGCAGCAGGAGGGUACGACGAGCCUCUGUCACCAUACACGCUGCCAUCGCGGCGAUCGAGCUCUUCGGUCUCGUAUCAGGUGGCGCGGUCGCCAUCGCCGCUGGCGCUGUCGAUCAACGACAUCGGCACGGUGCUGGUGGAGUUCUAUUUCAAGGAGACAGCCAAGAUCUACUCUUGCUACGACGGACGGAUGAACCCGUUCCGCACAACAGUGGUGCACCUAUGGUCGUCGUCGGAGAUUAUCAACUGCACGGCGCAGAGCAUGGCGGCCGGUUGUCUCCUGCGUGACUUCCCACAGCUUGCGCCAGUAGGACGUCAACUGAGGCAGAAGGCGACGCGGAUCCUGGCCAAGACCAAGACGUGGGACACGAACACGAUGCUGGCGGUGCUGAUGCUGGGCGGCACAGCUAGCUGGCACGACAGCAAGGACCUCGGCCUGCCUUUCUUCCAGCAGAUCGCCGAGCGGCUCGCCAUGGCACCGGCAUCGGUAUUUCGCGAAGGGGACAGCUGCAGGAACUAUCGUUUCUUCUACGAGUCGAUGCAGUACUGGGAGAUGCAGCUGGCCUUUUUGACCGAGGACGAGACGCUUCCGGGGACACCUGACUCCCACCUGCUGGCCGACCGGAUCUUCGGCACCAGUUCGAUCAGCCGGCAGCGAGAGCGAAACAGCUGGGCUGGAGAGAGGGGCCAGCGACAGCGAGAGCAACAGCGACAGCGACAGCGGCAACAGCAACGCGAACAGGACAAAGACGAGGGCGGGCAGGAGCCACUGCCACUGCCGCGACCACGGCCACCACCGACACCGCACCCGUGGACGGGCUUUGCAGGUGAGACGCAGCGGACGGUACAAAAGGUCGGGCGGCUGCUGCGACGGCAGCGCAAGUUUGACUUUGCACACCGGUUCGCAUCGGUGGCACACAUCAGCCAGCUGCAGCAGGACAUGCAGAUGGCGCGGGAGCUGGAGGCGCACCUUCUAGGGAUCUCACACCCGGCAGAGCACGCGGUCAAGGACACGGAGGACGGCAACACGCCGGUGUGGCAUCUGCUGACGCUGGCAGAACUCAUAAGGCACAUGGGGCUGAUCCAGCUGUAUCACGUGUUCCCGGACCUGCUGAGCGCGCGUUUGGGGCGUGAGCGGAGCGCCGGCAGCGGCAGCUACUACAACUUUGGGCUGGAGGCGGGCACAGCCAUCACGCCGGCGCUGUGCCGGCGCUGGCUGACGACAUACACGCUGCGCACGAUGGACAUGCUGCGGACGCUGCCGGUGGAAUCGGGCACGCGGGUGUUCCAGCCGUUCUUGUUGGUGGCGCUGUCGAGCGAGUUGCGGAAUGCGGGUGGCGAGAAUGGUGGACACAGCGGUCGGGCGUCGCUGUUGGGCCUCAAUAAGGAGGCGGUCGAGGUGGCCCGAGCACGCAGCUUCAUCCACAGCCGACUGCAGCUGUUUUUGCACCUGCUGCCACCGAAACCGAUGACGAUGUGUGUCAACAUUGUGCAGGAGACGUGGGCGCAGAUGGAUCGGCAGGCCACGCUCCGGUCACUGGCCGUGGCCGGACAGGGCGUGGGUAGGUGUCGGGCAGCGGCCGAGAGUGAGGCAGACGUGUACUGGAUGGACGUCAUGAUUGAGAACGGCUGGGAGACAGUGAUGGGUUAG